AUGGGUAAUUGCACUAAAAUGUGCUAUGUUAAUGAAGAAGUGCAAUAGGUAAAUCAUAAUGAAGAAUUCUUAAUUGAUACUGGACUAAAAAAUGAUGAUAUCUAAUAGCAUUCAACUUAAGCAAAACAAUAAGAAAAUAAAGAAGAUUAGUAUUCUCAAUACUCAAAUAGAAGUGUUCUUCCUCAUAUAAUCAUGAGUUCUGAUCAAAUAAUUGUUGAAUAAACAAUAGAAUCUACAAUUCCAGUUAAACUAGCAAGAAUAUUAAUGGAAGGUGGAUCCUACUAUGAAGGAGAAUGGAUGCAAGGAAAAAGAUGGGGACAAGGUGAACAAAAAUGGCCUGAUGGUUCAAUUUAUUAAGGAGAAUGGAAGAACAAUUAAGCCAACGGGUAUGGAAUUUUGACUCACCCUGAUGGCGAUGUAUACAAAGGUGAGUGGUUGAAUGAUUAAGCAAAUGGAAAGGGAAUUUAUAUAAACUACAAUAAAGCACAAUACGAUGGUGAUUGGAUUGCAGAUAAGCAACAUGGUUUUGGGAUAGAGAAAUGGCCAGAUGGAUCAGUUUUUGAAGGUUAUUAUAAGGAUGGUAAAAAGGAGGGAUUAGGUAAACUCAUUUAUCCUGAUGGGUCAAGAUAUGAAGGCAAUUUUUGGAAGAAUAAUUUACAUGGCAUAGGCAAAUAUUUUUGGCCUGAUGGAAGAACCUAUGAAGGAGAAUGGGUCGGAAAUUAAAUGGAGGGAAGUGGUACAAUGACAUGGAUUGACGGUAAGUAGUACAGUGGAGAGUAUAAGGAGGGAUAGAAACAUGGUGUAGGAACUUUUAUUUGGGAAGAUGGUCACAAAUAUAUAGGAGAGUGGGAUAUGGGCAAAUAAAAUGGAAUUGGAGAGUAUUUUUUUAUAAAUGGUACUUCACAUAAAGGAGUUUGGUAGGAUGGGAAACGAAUCAAGUGGGAUUGA